CGGCUAUUUCGAGUCAAUCGGCAACAUGCUGGUCGUCGGUUUGGUUUUGUGUCUAGCAUUUCGAACACAUGCAUUCAAUUUGGUGAACGCGACGCUAAAAACGUCUAAUGGUAAAUUUCGUGGGAUAAACCUAACUGGCAUCAACUUAAACAAUUUUCCUGAAAAUGUUACCUACAUUAAAGUUGUUAAAGGAGUUAUUCCUGAGUUGGAGGAGAAGUCGGUGGACGGUUUGAGAUAUUUGAAAACAUUGUGCUUGAAGGGCAGAAAAUUGGGUAAGUUGCAGCCUGGUUGUUUUCAAAAUCUACCCAACUUGACGACCUUAAACUUGGGCACCAACUAUUUGGAAACGAUUGAUGAACACGUAUUCAACAACUUACCGGUGAUUGAAUUGUUCUUGAACAAGAACAAGAUUAAAAUAAUACACAGCAGAGCUUUCCAUGGAAUGACGCAGUUGGAGAUUUUGAGACUUAACAGCAAUAGACUGAAUGCCUGGGAUAGUUUGUGGGUCAAGAACGUGGCCAAACUUUCGAUGAUUUUUUGCAAGAGGAAUAACUUGAGUGAGAUUCCGCAUAAUGCGUUUCAACAUUUAAUGGUUAAGGAGAAUGUAGGAUUGUACUUCAGCAAAAAUUCUAUACGGAAAAUACACCAAAAUGCCUUUCUUGGAUUCAAAACGAUUAACAAAGUGAUUUUCGAUAGAAAUCAGCUCCAAGAGUUAGAUCUUGGAUUGUUUAAAGGUGUAGAAAAAAUCGGUUUUUUAAGUCUGGAGAAGAAUAACAUUUCAUUGAUAACCGGGAUCAACGGUGAUUUAUCAAUAGGUAAACUAAAUAUUAAAUACAACAGAUUCUUUACGUGCAUUCCAACAAAAUUACAAGAUAUGUGUAAGAGAAUAAUGAUGAAAAAAUCGCCGAAAAUAAUAUGUGACGAUUAAUAUUAUUUAUUUUGUAUAUUGUUGUUAAUAAAACAGUGCUGUUUU